GGAGUGAGACUCAGGCUUUAGCCUCACAGAGCGGCCGGUGAUUCCAUAAUGAGGUCUCUGCUGGGAACUCUCUGUGCCCUGUCUGUGUUUGCAGCAACGGGUUAUUCGCUCUCUUGUCAGACCUGCAUGUCAGCCGGCAGCACUCCCUGCCAAGGCCAAAGCCUUCCCUGCCCACCUGAUAGUGCCUGUGUGGCUACGUACACAUUAACUACUACAAAUGGGGUGACUGUAAGUGAAGCCUACACCCUCUCAUGUGCCCCUCUUGGCCGGUGUGAUAAACCUGGAAGUUUCAGUUUUCCUAAAUCAAAACUCAAAAUGGGAACCUCCUGUUGUUAUACAGACAACUGCUCCCCUCCCACACCGACAUUGCCUGCAGAUAACAAUCAAGUGAAUGGACUGGUCUGUCCUACCUGUGCCUCUGCAGACUCAGCCUGGUGUUAUACUAGUGAUACCAUGCAGUGUACAGGAGAUGAAAAUAUGUGUCUCUUGCAAACUACAGAGAUAAAGGUAUCAAGCAAAGUGGCUGUACGAGGCUGUGCUACUAAAAGUAUUUGUGAUCUUGGAAGCACUUCUGUCAGUUAUCCUGGAUAUUCAAUGGAUGUGAAAUUCUCCUGCACCAGUGGCAGCUUUGGUACUUUAUGUUAUUACUUGUCCCCAUUGCUUUAA